AUGUGGGGGUUUGAAGUAUACGCAACGGGACUGUCCACGACACCAAACCGCCUCGGCGCACCUCUCACAGAGGUCGCACCAGAGGAGGAUGCAGCAGCACCACCGCGGCACCUGUAUAAGCAGAAUCGAAACAAUGUCCUGUUCGAUGCUCAAGGGAAGCUGCUCAACACUGUGGAGGCCCGCAGUGCGACGAUAUGGCGCACUCAUCACGCAUUUAGCGGCCGCUGCGCCCUUGUGAACCCGAUGGCCACCACCAGUGGUGUGGCUGCCCAAUCCUUUGGCGCUCCUGGAUGGGCGGAACAGGCAUGGAGGGCAUACCAAAGCUGGUCCGUUGGCUUCCACGUGCGCUCCGUCACUGCCGACGAGCCUCACAUUCUCCUCAGCAUCGCACCGGCGUACUUCCCGAACUUGGUCUCCGCCACCGGCGAAACCCGCGAGGCGGAUGCGGCAACGCGGGCAAGCCUGCCAUGUGCCCCCUCAGUGGAGGAGGAAGUGAUCUACAACAAGCGCGUGCUGGAGACACCGCUGAUCUGGGAGGAGCCAUACGCGCUCUCGGUGGAGUGCACGACGCGUGGGGUUUUUUUGUGGAGUGAUCACUGGGGCAUCUUCGGCAAGAAAAUCGCCGACCGCUGUCUGGAGAUGCGCCAGGGCGGAGCGAGGCGAAGCGGAAUGGCGGCGUUGCCCUCUCCUGAUCCAUUCCCGUCCUCUGCCGCGGUAGAUGAAAAGCUGGCGCCGACAGCGUACGAUGCGGCGCUGCGCCUGCGGUGGAGCGUCACGGAUACAGCAAAUACGAGCAGCACUGAUAGCGGGUCUGCCAAGGCGGUGUCUGCUACAUUGUCAGUGGAGCUGAAGGCCAUUAGUGGCGAUGCAGCGGCGGGAGCAGCAGCGACGACCCGCGUGGGGAAUCUCAGGAAAGAGUUUUGGCAGCAUUUGGUCGACCUUUCCCUGCCGCUCGACGACGUGGCGUACAAGGCUGCUUUUCGCCCUUACGUGACGCUAAUGGAAGGCGGUGACUCAGUAGAACUACUUGAGGUCAGUUGA